GAUGAUUCCUGUUUCCGCACAGGGGUGGGCAUGGCCCUGUUGGAAGCUUUGGGCAUUCCGCGCCAUGGGCCGCUGGCCCGAUGGUCUGCGCAACUGGGUGCGUACCUCCUGAGCCGAGGAUCGCGUGGCCAGAUUUGCUUGCAAGGCAGCCUUCAGGGCAGUGUGGUGCUGGUCCCGAUCUACGCUCCGUAUCGGGCCUGGCGUUGGUCGCCCGUGCCCUCUAUGCCUGAAGGCUUUGGGCGUCAGGCGGCGCGGCUCAGCCUGCUGGCCUUGCUGGCGGUAUGGCGGGCUGGAGGUCGGGUGGCACCGGUGACUGCUGAGCUACUGGAGCCCCCACGCAAUCGACAAGGUCAGUUGCUGAUCCCUGAGCUGCGCUGGGACCAACGGGCGAUCCCCAGCGUGCUGCAGCAGUGGCAGCCUGCCUUCAUCUUGAGCUUCGGGGCGUUGGAUGAGCUCUUCACCCGUUCAGUGGCCUCGGAAGGCUUCUGGACGCCGCACACAGUGAAGUACCUCCGCCUGGAUUUGCAGUCCGAAUCCCAGCCGGAGCACUCUCCAUCUCGAGGCUCCCUGGUGAGGCACUUGGCAAUCCCGAGAUUCAGGAACGACCAUGACUUGGAGCUAUCAGAGGUCGCCUUGUCUUUCGCUGGAGGUGAGGAAGUCACCUUCCAGGAUAUCCUCGCAGCGGUCGCUGACCCCGCCGGAAACCUCGCUUCCAGCCCUGAGGGCUCGGCGCACAUCGUGCGCCUCCUGCGUGCCGCGCGGCGUCGGGCGGCACCGCCGGCCACGGCGCGGCCGCCCUGGUGGCGCGUCGGCGGCCAUUGGCCGCCACAGCGGCGGGCGGCGGCGCCGACGAUGUGGACCGCGGUGGAUGCGUUGGAUCCGAAUCGACAAGGGAGGACCUUGGAUGGUGAAGUUUACUACUGGAACCGUGAGACCAAUGAAACCACCUGGGACCGCCCCUUUGGUGGGCGCCGCUCCGAGCCACGCCGCGCGAGCCGGGCGCCCCCGCGGGCUCCUCCCGGCGCCGCGGGCGCCGCGGGCGCCCGGCGGCGCGAGCACGAGGUGAGUCGUGGGCAACGUCGGCCCAGGCCAAGACGGCUGGGGCUGAGCUUGGAAUUCUUGGGAAGCUCAGGAUAUGUGAAGAGCACAAGCCUGGCAAGAAGUGAGUGAG